ACCAGCUCAGCAACAGUUACAGAUCCUUCCAAUGUAAUAUCUCAACUAACCGUCUCUUCAUCCCUUUCUCAGGUACCUGUGCUCCCCCAACAUCACUUCUCCAAUCCAAAAAUAGAAAGACAUGGCACAAGAGGAGCCCAAGAAGAUAGAAACCGAAACUUCGGUGGAGCCUCCACCUGCUCCGGCACCUGAAUCCACGGAACCUCCCAAAGAUGUGGCGGAGGAGAAAUUAGUGGUGAUCCCACCUCCUCUUUCUCCUCUUGAAGAAAAGCCCGAGGAGCGUCAGCCUCUAGCUGUAGUUGAAAAGGUGCCGGAGGUGGCUGAGGGGAAAGUCGGAGAGGGUUCUGUAAAUCGAGAUGCUGUGCUCGCAAGAGUCGAAACAGAGAAGAGAAUUUCACUAAUCAAAGCUUGGGAAGAGAGUGAAAAAUCAAAGGCUGAGAACAAGGCUCAGAGAAAACUUUCUGCCGUUGGGGCUUGGGAGAAUAGCAAGAAAGCAGCCCUGGAGGCUGAGCAGAAGAAGAUUGAGGAACAAUUGGAGAAGAAGAAAGCUGAAUAUGUGGAGAAAAUGAAGAACAAGGUUGCCUUAAUCCAUAAGGCAGCAGAAGAAAAGAGGGCAAUAAUUGAAGCACAGCGUGGGGAGGAACUUCUCAAGGCAGAGGAGGCUGCUGCAAAGUACCGUGCCACUGGAACUGCCCCGAAGAAGAUAUUUGGUUGCUUCUAGAAGACUGAUAUUUCUCUUCUGAUUAUAAUUAAAGCUGAAUUGUGUGUAUUUGUAUACUGAAAGGUCAAUUUGUUUAUUUAUACAGUGUUGCCUUGUUAUAAUGUUGUGAAGGGGAAGCAUUUGUCCCCGAUCAUUGUUGGGUGUGCAAUUGUGCAUAUGUAAGUAUAUGUGUGUGUAUAUAUAUAUAUAUAUAUAUAUGUAUAUACCAUCUGGAGAAAAGAUUAGUUUUGGAAUUUGUAAGAAAUAAGUUUGAUGUAAUGCUCAAGAUUUGUUACAUGUGUUUCACCUUUAAAAGACUACAAUAUGAUGUACCAGUUGAGAGAUAGGCUGCCCCUUGCGCAGGUUCCCAGGUACCAGAAUGAAGAAAAUGAAAGUUUUUCAUAUUACAAACAUCAAGGAGAAUUCAUUCUCAAAGAAAUCUCUAGAGGAGCCCUAUCACUUUCUAGGAUGACCAUUCGCCUUGAUCAUCAUUCCUUCGAGUAUCUUUUUCAUCUUAAUUUCCUCCUCCUUUAUUUCUUUCCUUUUCUUUUCUUUUUUGUUUAAUUUCUUGUGUGUUUAAUCCAAAAUGAGUGUUAAUUUGUUAGUUUGUAUCUUUUUGACAUUAAUUAUAUAAGCUACUUGGUUGAGAAUGGAAUCUGCUACAUAACAUUGUGCGAUUCUUCCUAUCCAAGAAAACUAGCUUUCCAUUAUUUGCAGGAUCUGCAAAAGGAGUUUGACAAGUUUGAUAUUAGUCUCCUAGACAAAAUUACAAGACCUUACAGCUUUGUUAAGUUUGAUAGUGUCAUUGGCAAUAUUAGAAAGCAAUAUAUGGACACAAGAACACAAACCAAUCUAUCAAAACUGAAUGCUUGUCGUCAACAAGAUCUUGAUAUAAUCACUGAAAACAUGUCUCAGAUUAUAGAAAGAAGAAGAAAUUCCGGUAAUUCUAUGUGCCUUUUGUCUGUGCAGUUGUAGCUUAAUACUUAAGUCCUUCAACAAGAAAAAUGAUGAAGUCCAGACAACGUUUUCUUCCGUGGUGCAGAAAUAUUUGAGAGAGUUGCAACUAACUCUCAGCCUCUUUCCCCUUCAAUAUGGUGCUCCCCUCGUCUUGAGGCGAUUGCUUUGAUAUGGACACCUAUUACAGUCAUAGCUGCUGUUGCUGCUGUUCUUUUAUGGACCAGCUAUUUCCUCACAGAUGACUUCUUCAUUUCAGCUCAAUAAAAAUUGAGGUACAAAGGAAACAUGAUUAAAAAAAUGGCUUGAUACUUGGAUUGUGAGAGUUGGAGCUUGUAAUAAUUGUAUUCAAACAAU